AUGGAAAAAGCUAGCCCAUUUCCUUCGGAGAUAGGCGACGCGUUUCGGAAAGGCUCAGAAAAUGUACCAACUUUGCGUUUUACGCUCUCACUACCUGCCAGCGACGACAAAACCUGCCCCGAGUAUUCGUUUCUGGACCUCGUAAAAUCCGCUACUCGCAAGGUAGGCGAAUCUUUCAGCCAUUUUUCAGUACAGUCCUUUUCUCUAAAGCGGAGACAAUUUCGUGUGCGAAGAACACCAGUGUGUAUUUUUUUAACCGCUGUUAGAAUGGCCGUGAUUUUGAUUCCCGAAGAGUGAACUCAAUUUUUUCUCUCACACUCCAGUCCGGCGAAACUCCAGAGAAAACUCCAUGGGACGAUGAAGAUGGAGAUGAUGAAAAGCUCAGAGCCUUGGCAAAGAAAUUUGAGCAGAAAUACGUAAGUUGUACACACCGAUGCAAAGUCAAUACGUGUUUUUGUUCGAGGCUUAAGAUUCCUUAGGAACCCUUUGCCGAGCAAAAAUUUACCGAGUAUGAAUACUUGAGAUCACAAUUCGUUUUUCUUGUUCACAGGCUCCAAAACCUACAUCCAAGAAGCGGAGGAGAGAUCGCAUGGAGGUAAACCAAAAUACUACGUCUGUGAAGUUUAUUCCCCGGUUUUAAAUUUAGUUUGCAAACAUCAAUAAGCUUAAAUUGGCUUCUCUGCGUCGAUCAAGGACACGUUCUUACAAAUACUGAUCUUACGAAAUUGUGUUUUGACAUGGAUUAUAACCAUACUAAUUGCUUUUAGAGUAGAAGUUAUUUAGCUUUUUUGAAAGAAUACCGGUGCUGUACGGGGGUGUAUUGAAGCCGUGUGUGUAGAAUUAUGCGAGCACUUGUUUAGUGUAGUGCCUUCCUUAUGUUACUAAUUCAUUGUCCUUUAUGACAUGACCCUGUUGUUAACACUCGCUGCCUUUUCAGGGAUUCGUAAGUCGUUUUUGACUUUGUGCUAUUGUUUUCUAAGUAUUUAAAACUCCAAAUCCAUGGUUUUGUGUAUUGUCUCUUCUAGUUUCGGUGCCACAAUAUUCAAUGACACUUUGCUAUAUUUACAUCUCACGAAAAUGUCGAUUUCUUGCGUUAUUUACAACUAUAAACGUGGACCCAGGAAAAGAACAGAUCUUGUUUAUAACUCAAAAUUACGAUAAGCGUGAUGCAAAAUUUCUUUUCUCUUCCAUUCUGUAAGGUUUUGGCUCCCUCCGUUUUAUUUCUCUCAGUUCACGCUGAUUUCUUUAAUACAGGAAAUACGAAGAAGAGUCCGUAUUUCUAGUUUCCGGUAACACACUUAAAAACAGAUUGAAUAAAUUGCAGUUUAAAAUUGAAAAGGGCUAAAUAUCUAUAUAUCUGCGUAUUAUUUGUCGUCUUAUAUGAAACUUUCAAAAUUUCUUCUGCAAUUCUUUUGGCAUUUCGGUGGCAGAACGUUGUAAAAAAAAUAAGCUAGGGUAGUUUUAACUUUCACUGAAACUGGAGAGGGGAAAUAGAAAUUUCGGUUUUUAAAAUGAGCCCAGUUUCACAAAAUAACGCAUUAUUGAUAACACUGCAAAGUUUUAGCAAUCCGUUUAAAAGCUUUCCAAGAUUUCCUUGUAGUUUGAAAGGAUAAGCUGCUGCUUGCAGUGGAAAAAUUUCUUCCUGCAUAUAAAAAACGAUUUAUUAUUUUGAGGGAAAAUUUCUAAACCCUUUAGUGGAUCAGUCAAAGGCGAUAAAUUUUCUAGCCCUUGCUACAAACCUCUAUUGAGGGAUAAAACCCUGCAUCAACGUGGUUGAAAGUUAAGACCUUUGUAGCUGGUGUUGACUCUGCAUCUUGUGGUAAUCAAUAUUUCCAAACUCCAGUUUGUUCUGGAUAUGAUACAGUAACUACACUGACUUUUACAUUCGUAAGCUUCUUCCAAUGCAUUUCCUUUAAAUACUUUAGGCAAAAAUGUUGUUACGAUAUUUACGAGAGAGGUUGUCCAUAAUAUACUCCUAAUUGGUUAACUACUUCAAAAGCAAGUAUAGACCCAGUGGAAUUCAGAGGUCACUCCGUGAGGCAUAUGUUAAUCUUGUUAGCAUUCCACUUAUUGAUGUAUUGGUAUUUUCCAGUUAUGAGUAAUAAUUUUUAUAAUAAUGUAUUUGGUCUUAUAUAAUAUUAUUGUGUUUUUUCACCUAUCUAAUUUAAUCCACUUUUUUCUGGUAUGUUUGUUUUAGUUUUAUUUGCCUUUAUGUCUAGAUAUAAGGUCUAUAUACUCAUGACAUUUUUCAUCAUGUAAAUAGUAAAUUAAACAGACAUUGUACUUCUGAUAUCAUUUUUUUCAAUCUUUAUUGUUGAAGUUGGUAUUGAAUUCUUCUUAAUAAGUUGAUUCUCGGAGAAUUAUUAUUGUUCUUAGAGCAUGUUGGAUUUUUGUAAUACUUUGGUGCACAAUGGCUUCAGCCAAUUCUGUCUUUGUCAGAUUACAUUUUCCCUGUUCAUAAAACCCUACCCUUUGAUUGUUAAGGGUGUGUUUGACCCUAGGAAUCACUUAUUUUGGCAUUCAUUGGCAUUGCAAUAUCUAGAAAUAUGCUUGAAAUAAAAUAUCCUGAUGUAUGUAGCUCUUAAGUGGUCCAAAAGUCACAUUACAAGAGGUUUGCAACAAACCUUUUAUAUAUUCUUAUUCCAGAAUAUUUUAUGAACAAUCAAACACACCCUAUGUGAUAGUUAUACAGCUGGAAAUUUUUUCCCAACAGCGCAGGCUCUCAUUGGUUACUUUAAGGUCACAUGACAUCUAACAAUGAAAAUGUUUCCCACCAGAAUCUCAAAUCAAUCAAAUCCUUGCAAUGAAACCAGUAGUUUAGCAAAUUAGAAACAAUUGCCAGAUUUGUUGUUUUUUGUGCUUGGAAUGACAUCAAGUAGUUGCUCUACAACUUUUUACUGUUGCCUUUCUAGGAUUUGAUUGAUGUAACAUAUGGCUAUGAUGAAACAGAUCCAUUUGUUGAUGACAGUGAAGCUGUGAGUUCCUCUUUACAUGUAUUUUAGAGAUAAUAUUUUUGGGGUAGUAGAUUUUGGUCUUUUAAAUUGAUAUUAUUUUUAUUUCAAUCAAUUGCGUACAACCAACGAAGAUGAUGUUUUAGGCAAUAUUGCAAGUCACACUUUUUAUUUAAAAUAGAGAUAAGAUAAUAUUAAUCCUUAUAGAUUUGUCAAUUGACAUUCAUGUACUGUAGUUUCAACUCUAAGUUUCCUUGAGCAGAGUCCUAUGGCAUGGCCAUUCAAGUCAAUGCAUUUGUACAUGUAUUAUUGUUUUUCAAAAUGAAAUUGAAAAUUUCUGUAAUAGAUUUUGGCUUGUGAGGUGCUUGCGUGGAAUUUAAACCUCUGGCAUCAGAAAUCGGCUCCAAUCCUGGAAUGAAUGAUUAAGAAACUUUUUCAAUUUAUUGUUCUAGUAUGAUGAGCUGUUACCUGCAGACUGGACUACAGAACAUGGUGGAUUUUACAUCAACCAAGGUGCACUUAACUUCCGACCAGUAUCUCCAGGUGGUGAGAGGUAAAAUGUUAUGCUUGCAUAAUAAAUAGUAUGUGUAUUUUGAUGAAGUUCUUGGGUUCAAGGGCUUCAUUCUAGCAGUACAUGUACCUGGUGGCCCCCGGCUCCUUAUGUGUUGCUGUGGGGUGACUAGGAAAUGUUAGCGUUUUAAACCUAUGCAGGGCACCAUGGAUUGCACAGGCUCGGAGCACUGGGCUCUCUUUAUUUUUGAUAGGGCACAACCUUGGGUUCUGUUUUAAUUUUUUUUGGCUUGUCAUUUAUGUAGCUGUGGUUCUGUGUUUGGUUGUACCAUAUAAUUAGCAAUUAAUGAGUGAGGCUGAGUAUCUUCUGAAGAAUUAUAGAGAUUGAGGAGGGUGCGGCCUUGGCGGAUAACACCCUUCAAGAUCUCCAUAAUUCUUCAGAUGAUACGAAAGCUGAAUUCGAUAAUAUUAUUGUAUAUGUUAUUCAUUCAAAAUAAUUUGUAGUUUAAAAACAAGCUAAACAUGCUUACCCUAUCAAUUCAUCUUCAAUAGUUUAGGAGAUAAAGAGUUGUUCAGUUCUGCAAAUAUUCUCCAAAUAGCAGGGUUGUCUUCUUGUUGUUCUUGCUAUAUUUUUAGUGAAUAGUUUGCCUACUUGUUCCCCAUGAAACAAGUGAAACGUUCCGCCAUUUUGUACUCACCACCAAAAACAACUCAACCUUGUCCCAAGGCCUUCUCGGUUAACCAUUCAAUAAUCUGGUAAUUUUGCUGCAUGACUGAUGCCAUCAGUUCACAUAUCGCAAAAUUUUUCUACAGUAGCUGGUUAUGAUGAAUUGUGCGUGGGAUUUUGGCCAAUCAGAAACAGAGAAAUAUUUUAAGACCCCCCCCCCCCUUGACUAGACCUGACUUGCAUUGAACUGAAUUUGAUUUAUUAUACCAUUUUGAUUAGCACUGUUAGCUUUUUUUGAACUUCGUUUUCUAUUCUGGUUAUAAGCCUUCUCAGAUAUAAGCAUUUCUGUUUAAAAUUCCUCCUUGUACAAUGUGGCUUAUUGUCACCUUCAAAUCUUUUGUGUAUCAGCGAACAGGACGAGGGAGACUUUCAGAAACCAAAGAAACUGAAACUCAAGUCCCCAAAGGUACAUUUAGAAAGGAAAUAAGACUAGGCGUAUGGUAAAUACAUGUACUGUAGAUGUUGUAGGAAAUCUUAUCAUUAUUCGCCAUGCUGAAGUAAAAUAUUAAUUACGUUUAUUGAAGUUUUGGCGUUUGGCUCAGCUACUGUUUGUACAUGUACAAUGUAGUUGCUUGUGAUGCGGACUGUGACCUUUUGAUAGCAUACUGCUAGUCUUCAUCAGGCAAUAAGGUUAGUUAGUUACAUGCCACUUUAUAGAACACAAAAUUCUCUGGAGUGAAUGGUUGGUCUUUUUGCAACUGGGAUAGUGGAGUAAAGAUCCCACAACAUGGGUGCUGAUAAGAGCUGAACAAGACUGGACUGCCAAGAAAACAGCUGGCUGAAGUAGCAAGGAUGAAAGCAUGCUAAUCACAGCUGUGGAAAACCAAACGUUCACAGCAGAAAAUGAUAUAUUUGUGCUUUUUAAAUUGACGUGUAACUCGUCAACUCAUCGCCUGAUGUACAUGUAGACUUUCUUAGUUUGUAGUUGAAACAUCUUGAUCUCUUCUAAGCCCUGAAAAUGCAAAAACCUACAUGUACAUGUAUGUAUGGAACUUUCAUAGCCAUGUGUAUAAGAAUUUCAUGAGUUCCUUUUUGUGAACCUUUAUUACAGUUCAAAUUAUCCAGAAACUAUAUUUGGUCUGUACAGUCAGAACCUCAGAAAGUCUGAGUGUUGUGUAUGAUUUUUUUCCACUCCAAAUUCGAGACUACAGGGUAUAAAUUUGGAAUAAAAGUAGUUUUGACAGGUACAGUUGUACAAUCUAAGACAUUUUUAUUUCGAACUGACAAAAUCAUAAAGUCUAUAUAUUAUUUCAAAGAAGAAAACUAUAUUGUAACUUCACCCAUACCUUUAAAUGUAUGUUUUAAGGCAAGUUAAAGGAGGAGGAAACUUCUCUUUACCCUUAAUUUUCUGCUUUAGGGCCCUUCCUCACUUGUGCCUCUUCCUUCUUCUCUAAAGCAAGAAAGAUUUAUGCUUUUCAAAACAAUUCUUUUGCUUAGAAAAUGCCAAAGGUGCCCAAGGUAAAGAAAGUUAAGGUACCCGGUGAAAAGAAAGAGAGAAAAAAAUCAGGAGACAAGGAGAAAAAGCCAAGAAAAAGCUCCAGGUAAGUACUUGUCAGUUUUAAGAAUAAGCCAUCAAUUUGCACAUGUAUAACUAAUUUUCCCUUGAGAGAUUUGUGGGGCUUAAAAAGAAUUUGAAUUUCAGCUUGUCCUAACAGGGCCAUAGCAAGUAUUUAGAAACUAGGAGGGCACAAAGCCCGGGGGGUACUCCUAGGAAUUCUUGUUGGUGGUGUGCUGCCCAGUUCUCCAAAUCUCGAUCCUAUUUCAGACCAAAAAUGUCAUUUUUCACACCCGUUUUCAGACCUGGCCUCUAGAAUCCAGACCAGUUUUCAGACCUGGCAUAGGCAGAAAUUAUGUCAUCGUUAUUUAGAUUGGAACACCAACAAAAAUAUUUCUUACUACCCUUUUCAUAAACAUGCGAAUUCUGAAGUUCAUAAGCCAACUGAGGUUUGGGUUUUUUGCUGCCUUCAAUCAUCUUAGUGAACCUCUUAGGAAACAGAAGUUUCCUUCAACUGGUUCAAAAGGUCAUGAUUUGUGACUUGUGAUUGGUGGAUUUCGAUCCGUUUUGUGUGUUUCUGUAUUUUUUGUCCCAGAUGGCUGAACAGGUCUUUUUUUGAGCCCUGUCCCGGUAUGUCCUGGGAAGUACAUGCAGAUUCUUAAUUUUUCUUAAGGUUUCCACAAUGGAGGUUUUUAAACACUUCCCAAUGCUUCAGUUUGUUACCAAAGUGACAUAAAACCACCAAAAAAGGACAGAUGUGAAAAGUACCUGCAUUAACAUGCAGUACAAAUGUAAACUUUUGCUUUUAACUUUUAGCAGUGAAAAGGAAAAGGAAAAAAAGGAGAAAAAGCACAAGAAGAGGCUAAGUUUAGGAAAUGCAAACAUCGUAAACAUGCUGUCUUCACCAUCCUCCUCAGCAAAAACCACCUCUGCGACAGUCUCUUCAAACAUGGUGUUAACUACUGGAGGAUCACAAGGGACAAACAAUGUUAUAGUGAACAGUUCUUCUCCACAAAAAGUACAGAAUUCAUCGCAGCAAAGUAAUCAAGGCAUUGUUAAAACAGAGCCUGGCAUGGUAAAUGGCAGUGGCAGUGCUGUUACAACUGAAGAAAAUGCCUCUGUGACAAAGAAUGACUCUUUGCUUAGUUCAACACUUCAAAAUGGAAUCUCAACGGGAGAGGCAAGCUCUUCAGAGAUAGCUGAACCUAGCCUUCCCCAGUGUUUACCCACUGAUGUAGAAGCUUGCAUCAUGAGGUUGAAGCAAGCGGGUACUGAUGGCAUCACUGAGGGAAAGUGCAAGUUCUUUAACUCUGAUGUAAAUCAUAUGUUACUGGAGUGAGUUCCUUUUUUUAGAUUAAUUAAUUGGUGUUUGUAAUAAUUAGAAGGUGUUGCAGGUACUCAUGUGUUGUACCAGAAUGACUUUAGUUUUAGAAUGGCAUACAUUCCAGGAUGAAUUUGUACUGAUGCAAUAAUUCCCUCAUCUGCACCAUCUUUGUCUUCCAUCUUGAAAAUGUUAUGCAUGUGUCACUCACAUUAGACCACAUGGUUUUCAAUGUUCAGUUUAGAAACAUGACACUAGAAUGACAUGUCAUACUAGAAUGAGAAUUUCGUUCAGACUGAAAACCAAAAUAAUGUCAUUAGCAGCUUGUACGGGAACAAAUUUCCAUCUUGGUACACGUGUCAUGCAAAUAGAUCAGAGAGAUUUAUGGAGAUAGAAUAAACUUGUUCCUGAAUAAAAUUCAUCUCAUUAUCAUUUGAAUAGCCCCUAAUCCUCCUUUUGCAUUUUUUUCUACUGUGAAAGCAGUUAUUACUACGUAUUAAGCAACUACAGCCUUACUGACAAUGAGCCAUGUUUAAUUAUUUUUUUUACUGGAUUUUGACCAUCUUUGCCUGUUCUGCUGGUGAAGCAAGGACAGCACCACAUUAUUAUGCUUUCAUCUUGACAUUACCAUUAUUUUUUACUUCACCGUACACAACUGUACUUGUACUGCUGAACUUUAACUGAUUUAGAGGAAUCCUUGAAAAAGUGUAUGCUUUUCACAAUCUUUUUUAAUAGUGUGGUUUUGGUUAUCAUCAUCAUAUCCUUUAUUGAAACAGGAUAGACUUUAAAGCUCAAUGCUUGUGGGGUCGUGUAAACAUAAUCACCAGUUUUAGUUGAAUAAAAAUGGAGACUUGAACUUUACUUGAACUUUGACUCUCUUUUAGGCUUGAAACAAAGUCAAGAGCUCUCAGUAGCAAAGUGCGAUCAGUGAGUUCUAUAAUUAUUUUUAUUAAUAUUAUUAUAGAUUGUACUCAGUAUCUGUCUUCUCAUUGGCGCGAGCCUACAGCUAAUUUUGGAAAUCAGCACAACCUACAGAUUAGUUGGUUAUCUGCUAACAGGCAACUAAAUAAGCUGUUGGUUGUGAAUAUAAUGCAUGAUUUCCUAUGACAAUAUCAAUUCAGGUUCCUUGCAACGGUGUGUUUGUCAUUAUUUUCUUGAAAACAAUGUAUAAUAAAACAAUUAUUAGGUUUGGUUUUAGUGAUAUUCCAAAUAAUCGAGGUCUCGGUAAGUAUCAUCAUUCUUGGCCUUCACUUACCUUGACCUUGUUUAUUCCAGGUAUCACGAAAACCUCAUCCAAUAAUGAUGUUUAUUAUUAUGUCAACUAUUCCCGUUUCAGUUGUAAUUGUUUCAUGCAAUUUCCAAAUUAUAUGUAAUGUAAUAUACAUUUUUUAUUUCCUUACUUUUUCAGGGAAUCUAUGAAUUUUUGGCAUUUUACCUGCCUUGCACAAAGGAGACUUUGUUAAAAAGAGCAAAGAAUCUUCUCUUAAAUGAUCAAGUGAGUUGAAGAGCCAGAAUUAUUGCAUCCCUUUCUCCCAUAAGCUGCUUUAGUUGAAAGUUAUUUAAAUUCUCUUAUUUUAAUUUGUAACAUGCCAGUCAAGAAAUCGAACUACUUGAAAAUCCUGCUAGUGAGCUGGUUCUAUUUACACUGUAGUAUUAACUUUCUCUACAUAUUUUCUUCCACUCUUUCAUACCUAAUAAUGAUAAUGUUUUGUAGGCUGGCAGAUUAAGAGAGCCAAUGGCCAAACUCAAAGCAGGUAAGUCACGUCUCUAUUAAAGCUGACUUUUCCAAAGCCAAGAAUAUUAACUAGUUUAUGAUUAAUUUUGUCUCGUGAGAAUUCUAUAUACUACAAUCAUGACAUUAUUUUUAACGGCGUGCUGCUGAUUUUCAUCAGGCUUUCGUUUUGAUUUAUUGAGUACUACUAACUAUUAGUAGACUGUUCACACUCCCCUAUUUUUUGUUUCGUAAGAUCGUUGUGAUCACGCACUUACCUGGUCUUAUCUGUUUAGGCAGCCAUAUUGCUUUAGACUCGGAACAUUUGCAACCAAGAUGGCCACCCGUAGAACAAAGCACUCCAUAUAUCCCACUGAUCUUACAGAAAAACAGGGGACUGCAAACUGGUGCUUUACGAACUUCACUCAUUGUUCAACUACUUGCAGGCUCUUUCUUAAAAAAAAAACGGUGUCAGACUCAACUGGCUGGGAUCCCUGUGAUAUUAUUUAGAUGAAACUGUUGAUGUUGUGAAAUCUCUUCUGUAUGAGGUGGCAAGGGGUUUAAUAAUGUUUUGUUCUUGUGUCAUGUUUAGCUGUGGAUCGAGUUAUUCCUGAGCAAAUUAAGAGAUUUGAGGAAGAGGUCAGGCAGCAUGUAGAAGAAGAAAGCAAAAAGCAAGGGUAAAAUUUUAUUUUUUUUUUUGUUGAAAUGGUUACUUCUGAGUUUAGAUGGUUAACUUACUUUGUGGUGGUAUGCAUGUACAAAGUACUAUUUCCAUGUGCAAGAUAAAAGUAAGAAAAUAAUUAUAAUGAAUGUUACAAAGUACAUUAUGUGUACCUUAUUACAUGAAAAUUUUUGUCAACACUUAAAUUUAAUAGCGAUUUUGAAGAUUCCUUUUUUAGCUGGACUUUAAUUUAAACAAACAAAACUGCAGCUGUAUUGUCAUAUGUCCUCACUCAUCAAUGCUGUCCCACAAUCAAUGCUUCCAUUACGAGUACCACGUCAUCAUCUACCGUCAAAUAACAUAUGUGUGUGAACUGACCAGAUGGUGGAAUUUCAUUUUGUACUCACUUUAAUUUAACAACAUUUUAAAUUUAGUAACACUUAAUUUUGGUGCAUUUUAAUUUAGCUAUUUUGAGAAAAAAAUCGCCAAAUUCGCUAAAUUAAAGUGUCGCCAAAAUUUUAUAUAACAAGGUAUUAUGAAUGAACAUCAAGAAUUUUCUUAUAAUUGCUUUAUAUUUUCAGUGGCCAAAAACAAGAUGGGGAAAAUCCAGAUGACCAUAAGGUAGAAGUAAAAUAUUAAUUUAAUGUCAUGUAUAACUAAGCAACCAUCCUUCCGGAAUUUAAUUUUUCAUGCCAAGUGUGAUUUGCUUGUUCUCAAGUCAGUAGUUGUUCCUUAUGACAAUGGAAUACUUGAAAAUAUCUGUUAUUGAAAAAGGUGGAAUUUAAAGAAAAAAUAUGGGAGUGAGCUUGUUAAGAAAUUGGGUUGUAAAAUUAUUACCUAUAUUUUAGUGUGACAGUGGGUAAGAAUUUUUUUUUGCUUCUGAGUUCUGAAGAUGCACAAGUUAGAGUUUCCUUGUGUACGCUGUAAUGACUUCCUAAUGGUUCAUUAGAUAGAGCUUUGUUAAAUUUACAGUAGAACCCCUUUAACUUGAACUCUGAAGGGAAACAAAAAACAGUUCCAGUUAGCAGGUAAUUUGAGUUCAGUGAAAUUUUGAUCAAGGGAAAGGAAUUUAGUUUAAGUCAGCGGGGAAUUAGAGUUAUCCAAGGUCGAGUUAUCGAGGUUCUACUGUAUGUUGCUAUAGUUAAUUUCUUAUAUUUUCCCCUUGUAGAAGGAACUGUUCAAGUCAGCCAUGGAAGUAGUUGAAGACAGUGAGAAAAGUGAUGAGAUUACCACACCAACAGAUCCUAAUGUAAGCCUGUUUGCCUAUUUGCUAGUUGUCUUACAAAACUUGUCUAUAGCCACACUAGCGGGCUUCCAGGUUAUUUCCAAUUCACUGAAGUUAACCAGUGUAAUAACAAAAAUUUUAAUUUAUUGUAGAUGUGUCUGUAUGUCAGUAUUUUGGGUGUUAAAGACUAAACAGUAAUUUUUUUAACUGGGUUGCAUUUCAAACCUCUUCGCUGGGUAGUUAAAGGCAGUUUAAUCUGAUCAAUCCAUUGAUCAGAGGGAUCAUCUCUACCCACAUUUUAAUAUGAUCAGGGCUCCACUAUGCAUGCAGCUAUUACAUAAUACCAAAAAAAUAAUACUUUGUACAGUACAUAAGUUUAAGAAAAUAAUUUUUAACCAAGUAAAUAGAACAUAACCUGAUUAACUCAGUUACUGUGGCUGCAGCCAAUCUCAUUUUAAAUUGUUAAUAAAAUAAUCUAUUUUUGAAACAAAUUUUUAUUUCAGGCCCCUUCUCACCCAGAAGAUAAAGCCAAGAAAAAUACUCCCAAGAGAAAAUUUAUUUGGACAGAGGAAUUAAGGUUCAUGUAUUGUUGAUUAUUUAUAUCAUAGGAGUGUUCUGUGCAGUUAAACCUACAGUCUGCAUUGUGCAAAGAAAGUCAUGUCAAUAGCCCGGGCUAGUGGAUUUUGUUAUCAGGCUAGUGAAAUCUGUUCUUAACUUGCCUGAUGGUUAAGUGCUUUUUGGGGAAAUUCAAAUACAGAAGGAUUGUAAAUCAAUCCUGCUAGUCAAAUAGGGUUUUGGGGCUAGUUGAAAUGACUUGUGGGCUAGUACAUGCUAGCUACAGCUUGCACGAAUGGCAGGCUGUAAAACUUACUUCCUUUGCACCCUAAGUCUGUCUGACAUAUCCAACACAUUAGUUUCAAUUGUCUACAAUUGACAUCUGAGAAAUGAUGCCAAAUAUUUGUAAUAAUUGUUAUUGUUCAAGACUUCAAUGUCGGAAUCAUCAAUGCCACACAAGGUUUGUAGUUCGGUUCCGAAUAUUCUGAUGGCAAUUUUGAUGAUAAAAAGUCAAGCAGAAAAUGGUGGUCAAAGAAUCAUUAUUCGAUUUUCUUUUUUCAUCAAAGCUUCUGUCCAAUGAGUCUACAUGAAUUUCUACACUUACAGUAAAAAAAAAUCAGUGCUCCGCAUUACUUUUGUUACUGAUUAUAACGCUUUUGAUAAACUGUACAAUCAUGUCUUUAAACAGGUUAUUAUAUUGUUUUCUAAGUUAUUAUGGUUAUCAACCUUGCCUCCCUUAAAAUGAAUACAGUCAACUCUCUCUUAACAGACACCUCUAUAAGAUGGACACCUCUGUAAAACGGAUACCUAGAGUUGGUCCCUGUCUUUCUUUACUCCCUUUCUUUGACUCUCUAUAAGAUGGAGAUCUCUCUUAGACGGACACUUAGUACCUGCCCCAAAGGUGUCCAACUUAGAAAGAGUAGACUGUAUGGAUAUGAUAAUGGGUGCUCUCACAUGACAUCAUGUCUGCCAUAUUGGUGUCCCAAAACCCAAGUCAAAUGGCGGCCAUGUCGGCAUGCCUAAACCAGUCCUUUGGGAGUUGAACAUUUUGCUUAUGUAAAAUACUGUUCCAAUUAAUAGGCAAAUGGAUAUUUGUUUGAAUUCUUUGUAGAGGACUGUUGUGUGAUGUUGUCCAAAUGAAGAUGAAGAUCUUUCAAAUGUCUAAAACAAGAGCCCAGUCUGCUGAAGAGUACUUAAAGGUGAUGACCUAUGUAGCUUUUGAUGAAUAAUUUAAAAAAAAAAUAGUGAUCUGCAUUAUUUAACAAGCAUUUGGUCAAUGCCGUUAAAUUUAUAUAAAGUUCUUUUGUUGUUUGUUGAUGGACCAGGAAAAAGUCAUUGUCCAAAAGUAAAUAUGAUUAAACAAAUAAAAUAUAAAAAUUAAAAACUCAUGAAAGACACGGCCAAUAUCACCAAACAAGGUAUGGCAAACAAAAAUAAGAUAUAAAUCUCUUAUUUAUUGUGGGCAAUAGAAAAAUGAGGGAAAAAAAGGAAGGACGGAAAAAACUGACAAAACGGAACGUAAACAACAAUACAUGUACUUAAUAGGCUUAAAUUAGCUCUGCUGGCCCUGGUUCCUGAGAGGCCGAUAAGGGCUAAUCCAUGAUUAAAUAUUUUGUUCUACCUUUUGUAUUUACUUUCCUAUGCAUUGCUUAGGCUGAAAUUCUAUGUUUUCAUCACUGAAUCUCGAAGUAAAGACACAUGUAACUGUAUUUUGUAAGCUAGUAUAGAGUGACAUGUUCUUAGACAAGAAAACCUUGCUUGAAAUUUGGCUUAAUCCUGGGUUAAACUUAACCAUCUUUUGGGGAACCAGGCCCUGACGUGGUGUUGGCUCUGUCUUGUUAGAUGUGAAAAUUUUAAGUGUAAGGUGAUUGCAAUAGACCUGCAGUUUUGACUUAUUAAUAUUCAUACUUGGAUCAGAGACUGAGGGGGAGUAAACAAAAGAAAUGGCUUUGAGAUUCAGGGAUGAAUAAGUUAAAAACUUAAAUUUCUUUUGUUUUCUCAGCCCCAGAGCCAAGUAGGAGUUUUAAUAAGUCAUUACUGGCCUUAUAAAAAACAGUAGCACUCAGUCUAUUUCUGUUUGUCUAGAUCAUUAAUUUUAUGGUAAAGUUAGUUCUCUUGUCGCGGAGGGAUUGAGAGAAGCCAUGUUGCAUUUUUAUAAUCUCGCCCGGUAAUUACCAGUAUUUUCAUUUUAGUUCAGGUAUACUUUCAUCUGAUUUCUUUAAUUUUUCAUUUUCUUUUUAGGCCUUCUUUGAAAAUGAAGUAAGACCUUUAUGGCCAAAAGGCUGGAUGACAAGCAGGUGAGAAUUGUUUUACUUUUUAAUCAUAACCAUUUUAACAAUACAAACUGCUUAUAGGUGUACAAGGCAUCUAUCGUAUCAUCCAGGGCCCAGUUGUUCGAAAGCUGAUUAGUGCUAGCCUGGGUGGAAGAGUGGUGAGCACUCGCCUCCAACCCAAGUGGCCUGUGUUCAAAUCCUGGGUUUGAUGCACUGAGGACGAUGUUGGUUGUUGGUUUUCUUUUCUUGUACGUUUCUCUCUGGGUCUCCGCUUUUCCCCUUUCCUCACAAAACCAACAUUUUUAAAUUCCACUUUAUAGUGGAUAUUAUACUACCUCUAAAUCAUCAUUUUGUUUAUUUAUGAUGAUAAUGAUGAUAAACUUUAUUUCAGUGUCAGGUCUUCUAGCUGGCCAUGUAAGGCCUACUAACAGGGGACACUAAAUUAAAAUACUAUCAGCUCUAACUAAUUAAUAUAAAUAAAUAUUUAUAAAGAAUAAAAUUUUACAAAAAUAUACAUCCUAAAAAAAAUAUUGAAUAAAAUCUUCACAUGUAAAAAUAUCGUAUUUUUAUCAUAUAAAAUAGAAAUCCUUGUAAAACACUGCAGUUUAUAUAAUAAAUAUUUAUUGAUUUUAAAAAUAUGUCCUAAAAAAAAAUAUCAAUAAAACAUAUUUUUUUGUCUAGAAAAUGUCAUUUAUGUACAACAUAGAAAGCAGUUUUUACAGCCCUCUGUGAUUACUUGUUCAAGAUCUACCUUACGAAUUUUCUUUUUAAAGCUGUAAAUUUAUUUAUUUAUUCCAAUCCAGGUUUCUUUUCUUUUGUUCAGAAGUAAGAGCAUCUAAUCAUCAAAAUGUGAUAGACCUUUGUCUUGCGGCAGGUGCAUAAACAAAGUUUUUUAAGUCUCCUGAGACAAAAUGGCUGCCUUGUGACAAAGGUCUACUGGAUUUUCUUUUUAAGCUUUCAAAUCUGAACUCAAAUUUUGCACUUACCCUUGGCUUUCUUAACCCAGCUUUGAACAUCCAUGACGAUGGAAAAAAGCCCAGUAGUUUUGAUUAUUAAUGCCUCAUGUCAGAGCGAAGGGUGAAAUUUAAAUUAUUUUUGCUUGAAUUCCUCUUUAGAAUUCUUCUAAGAGAAAGUAAGACUGUCCAUGGAAAGUACACCAGUGUUCCGUAAGUUGUUUGAUUAUAUACAAGUACAUUUUUUUUAUGUUUUAAGAAACCCUUAGUGCUUCAUUGUUAUUACCUGUUGGUCAUGUUUUUCUGGAGAUAUCACUCUGAAAUUUUAUAUUUGUUUUUUCUCUCUCUCUCAGAGCUCGGGUUCCUAAGAAAGGUAAGUUUGCUUUUUUGGCAGGCUCAGAUACACUUUGAUAAACUUAUAAACAAUUUUUAUUGCUACAGCAUAUUCAGCACUGUAAAAACACUUAUAAACAAAACAUGCAUGUAUGCAUAAUGAUGAUGAUGAUGAUGAUGAUAACAAUAAUAAUAAUAAUAAUAAUAAUAAUAAUUAAAUAAUUAUGCAUAAUAGACCUUUUCUUAGAAACACCAAUUGGAAUUAAUAGACCAGGUUAAUCAUGUUGGUUAUUUUCACGGGUAUCUUUUCUAGCCUUAAUUCACUGAAAAAAUAAACCCUUCUCUUCAAAUUAGUGACCCUUAAAUGAGUACCCUUUUUCGCUAAGAUUAUGGAAAUUUUCCAGGAAUUAUCUUGAAGAGGCAAUGUAAGGGAGUUUUGUUUUUGUUGUUUUUGUUUUAGCUCCUGGUCCUAAGAAACAAGGUGAAUCUCCUGAAAAUCAGGAUAGUGUAAGUGAAAUCUAUCAUUCCUUUGCAUGUAUUAUACUUAAAUGAAAAAAGCCAUAGAACACAUAAAUCUCAUGCUUGUACCGAGGUCUUUUGUCUGUAAGCUUGUAUGCGUGUAGUAGACCAUUACUGAGUAGCUCUAUAUUGCCUCUUUUGCAAAACAGUGGUAGAGUGUGAGUGCAAAGUCUUUGAUGGGAAAAUAAAUUUACACCUUCAUUCAUGUAAAAUUCAACACCUGAUCCUGUAUGCUGUUCUGAGAGCUUCCCGGCAACCCUGAACAGUCUUCUAGAGCUUCCAAAGUUUCAAUAUGGUUCAUGUUGCAUAGAGGCUAGUUAUGAGCCAUUUCAUUCCUAAUGGCGACCAAAGUAAGAAGAUCACAAAACAAGUCAAAUUUCUUUUUGUAGAAUUCUAAAAAAAAUCUAGUACCAUGCAAAAGAGGGGAAUUAAUUUGAAUCGUAACAGCAUAAGAUUUUAUCCACAGAAUUAACAGUUUGUUCGAAUGACAGAUAAUCUUCAGGGUUUGAGCUAGGAUUUGAUCACUGGGGGACAAUUUGUUCCUUUGGCUAAAAUUUUGGGGGACAUUUUUAUUUUUAGGGGGACAGAAAUUUGUACACCCUUCUGCUGAUGCAAAGGGGUUUGUCUUCUUAGCAGGGCUUCUGAUAGGUCUCGGAAGAAAAAGUCAAAUUUCGCGGGAUUUUUAGGGACAAAUUCGCGGAAAAAUGGGCCGAUUUCGUGGGAGUUUUCGGGGCAAACUUCACCGAAAAGCAAUCGGUAAAAAACGGCCGAUUUUGUGGUUAUUUUCAAGGCAAAUUUCGCUAGAAAUCGAUCGGUUUUGCGCUGAUCAGACCAGCCUUUUUAACGUUUUUCUAGCAGAGGUCAAACAACAAUACGCUCCAGAAAUGAACCAAUGGCAAAGCAUGGCAAAGCCUUAAACGUCAUGGCUAGUGCCCAGUUUUUCGCAACAUAAUCUGUUUGCAAGUUUCAGUGACAAAGUUCCAAGAUAAAUUUGCAAGUUUACGGCAAAUAAAUAACCCCUAUAGCUGAAAUAAGUUUCAAAUAUGUUGUACAGACAUAUAUUUGAUAAGAUUUCUACCGAAUUUCGCAGUAUUUUUCGUGUUUUUGUGAAUUUCGCGGCUCCGCGACCGCGCGAAGAAUCAGAAGCCCUGUCUUAGAUUUCUGACAAAAAUAGCAGUAGAGCGUGACUGAAACGUAACUUUGGAAUGAACUUUAAAGGUGCGAUAAAAUAUACUUUCCACGUUCUGUUUCAGCUUGCAAUUCCUGUACUGAAAUAAAUCUCUUCGUGUGUGCUUCCUUUCGAGUUUUUUCCCUAAAUUUUGAAGGGGACAAAUUGUCCCCUUGGCCGUUUUUUAAAGGGACAAUUCCAAUUGCAGUGCGGGAUUGGCGCAAUGGCGCGGCCUGGCUCAAACCCUGAAUCUUACCUUAUCUUACAGUUAGCCUAGGAGUGAAAUGGUUAAUAUUAGUUUAUCUACUUGUAAUUGACUAAGGCAGCAACCCAUAACGCGAAGCGAGCAACUCCCAUACUAGGCCUAUGUCACGGCGUUUUUACAGACCAGUUUAUUUUUAGGCACAUUUUAGGGCACUUUUUCCUGUGAAAAUAGAAUCUCCACCAUAUCUAUGAGCACAUUUGAAGUAUAAGAUAUCAAAAAGGACAACGUAACGUUAUUAAAAGGCAAAAAAUAUGAUUUUUAGCUCUGUAGGUUUUGCUGACUGGUUUGUGGAAUUUAAAAGAUAUUCAAAAAUCGCACCAGAACUGUUGUAAAAAUAAACUGGUUCAUGAAAAUGCUGUGACACGAGUGCAUGGAAGUUGCUCGCUCCAGGUUAUGGGCUCCUGACGAAGGUUAUGUCAGUUACAAACAUUUGAAAUAAUGCAUUCAUAUUUGUCUUUAUUGUGGAAAAUUUAGAAUGCUGGCGUUAAUCCAGUGGCAAAGGUACUACCCAGUAGCAACUCACUAGUCGUUAACAUUGGAAGUAGUUCAGUGACCACAGCAACACCAGCAUUGUCUGCUGCCACAGUAACACCAGCAAUAUCAGCUCUUAAGAAUCUUGUGCAGUCUGGCCAAGCUGGUAAUAUCAAAACUGCAGCUCCUGUGAUUCAUUCCACGGUUGCUACAUCAGUUCCAAAACCAGUUGUUAGUACAGCCACUGCAACCAAAAUGGAAAGCACUACUGUAAACAGGCCUGAACUUACACUUCAGAUUGUUCCAAUAAUAACAGACUUAAAACUGAACAAAAAAGACACCGCAUCAAAAUCAUCUUCUGCAAAUCGAUCUCUUGGUUCUGAUUGCGUUGCUAAGAAAGACAAUGCAUCAAAACCUCCUAAUCCAUCCCUGCUGUUAGAGAGCCCUAAGUCUAAGACACCAGUAACAAUUCUAGAUUUUGCAGACAUGAUAUCACCAGAGGGGCAAGCAGAUACAUCCAAACUGCUGCAUUCUCAGCAGUCUAUACCUGCAAAACAGCAGCUAGCUUCAUUUCUCAACAAGACACCUUCACCGACUAAGGAAAAGCCCAAGGAUCAACCACUUACUCACCUUCCCAGUUCAGUUGUUACAACAGCAGUUUCACAUCCUGCUCAGUCGUCAACUGUUUCACCUGCACGAACUCAAACAGCUUUGGCAUCCCCACCCAAGGUUGUUCGCUCAUCUCCCGUCACAAUCCCAAGUGUGAACCAAUCAGUUUUGCUGGCGGCAACUGUGGGGAACCUCACUGCAGCUGGAUUGCCUAAUAAUUUCAUUGAUCUGGCAUCAUUGAGGCAGCAACCCAGACCGGCUGUUGAUCUAGCUUCUUCUUUGAUGCAGCAGCAAAAAGCUGCUGCUGAUUUAGCUUCAUCUCUAAUGCAGCAGCAGCAGCAACAACAACAACUGAAGGCUGCUGUUGAUCUGGCGUCAACACUGAGGCAACAACAACAACAGCAAAAGGCUGCUGUUACUGCGGGUGGAACUCCUCCUUCUCAAGCAGUUUUGGAGAGCAUCACUUCACCACGAAGGUAAGUUGUCAACAGCAUGAAAUUUUGGGAUUGGGUGGGAUGGUCAGAAAGAACAUACCGAAAACUCCCAAAUUUCUUAAACAAGACGGUGCUUUGCAAUGAAGAACAGCAGAAUGUGUGUGAAUGUGGGGUGGGGUGGGUGCUUAUUCGAGGCUGGGCGCUUAUUAACUUUUUCUGCCUUUAGGAUGGGCGCAUAUUCGAGGUGGGCGCUAAUUCGAGGUUGGGUGCUUAUUCGAAUACAUACGGUAUAUAAAAAGGUGUUCAAAAAAAUGGCUGGACUUUGGUCCAUGGGUGCACGGUACUAAGUGCUCCUUGCGGCAGGUUUUCAUUAGCACACAAUUUAUAAUAUUCUAUCGGGAUGGCUAUGAUUUCUAGCAAUGUCUAUGGUGGUGUGUAAUAGUAUCUCUGUGUUGUCAUGUUUCUUUAAUAAGAUCAUCAGUGGACCUCAAGAGCUGUCAAACAGUGCUCCCGGGCUUCACUCCUCAUCAGGGAAUGUCUCCUCAGUCAAUUGCAAUGUCAUUAAGUUCUUCGAUGCCUUCCCAGGCAAUGCAUCAAGCCCAACCUCCUAAUCUGACUUUGUUUGGUUCCGCUGGCAAUCUACAGGCAGGCAAGGUCACCACUCCUUUAACACAUCUUGGCAUUGCCCCACAUACUCUUCAAUCUGCUAUGCUACAUCUGUCACGACAGACACAGGAACAAUCUGGCAUUGUCCUGCCUCAAAAUCACUUUAAUAAUCAAGGUAAAAGUAUUGCUGCUUUAUUCUCUUUUAAAAAAGUGCUGGUAGUCGGGAAUAAUUAGCUUUUCCUGCCAGGCUAGUACCUUUCCAUUUUUAUUUGUUCAAUGGGCAAGGACAAGGAACAUGUCAUGAACUUAUACCUGCAUUCGAUAACCACCUGGGAAAAGCAAAAUGUUGGCAUACUGGAAGUCAUUGCAAGUUGUUUUCAAGCCCUGAAGAAGUGGGAAGUAUCUCUUGCACACAUCCCUAAUCAAGUGCAGCUGUGUCUUCAUCAGAUAUAAAGACACUCAUCAAACAUUCAUUUCUUUCGUUUUUUUUCUUUAUGAAUGAUAAAUGAGUUUUUGAACAUAAAUUAUGAUUUCUUAACAAGAUGAGGCUAUGAGUCACGGAGUCAUGGUCAGCAGCUUACAUGUGUUUGAGUUGUUCUGUGUUUGUGUACCUGUGUUUCAUCUCUUUUCCCUGUGCCCCUAUGUGUGAUGAGAGGGUGGAAGGUGGAGAAGACUAUCUUCCCAAAUUCAAAAAAUUCAUGUUAGUGGCCACCUCUAGUAGCAGACACAUUAUUUUUCUGAAUCCUGAGAGUGACUUUUGCUUCAAAGUUAUUGUGUCAAGAAAAUAGAGUUUAUUAUGUCUGCUACAUUGCGGUCUGCCUUAAAUUAAAGUGCUUGCUUAUUUUGAUUCUUACUUUUGUUUGUGUGGUGAUUCCUAGUUGGUACAAACAUGUAAUUUCAUUAAAAACUUCGCGUAUUGCUCAAACAAUUAAAAUGAAUGUUAUUUCAGUUAAAAUAGUUGGACACAUUAUUUGCUAAUCUUAUAGAAUAUGUUUUAAGAAUAUUAAUUUUAUCCAAGUAAUGUCUGCAUACAGUCAAUAAAAGAUAAUGUUUAAAGUGAUAAGUUAAAAAAAACUAUUACUUUUACUUCAUAUAAUAGAAUGUUAAUAACAAGUUAACUCAUAAUAAUGAAACUUUGCAUGCCACUGAAUGUUGUUGAAUUUGCAGCAUUAAAGGGGGUUGUACUGUAAUGAGGGAGAGCUGUUUGUUUGGAGAAAUUUGAAGCUGGAAUUGAGGACACCGGUAUCUACAACUUGCUUGGUGUUCUUUUAUUCAGUGAAAUGGUCUCUUCACUUUGCACAAAAUAUGUCUAGUUAAUAUCAAGAAGAAAUAUUUUCAUGAAUUAAUGUUAUAAAUAAAUUUUAAAAUAAAUUGUUAUUCAAAUUUCAACAGUUCUCUUGGGAAUGAACCCUACUUCUACUCAAAGCUUGCCCUCCUUACAGCUUCCGCAUGCUGCAUUGCUCUCAAAUCAGCCCGUUUAUCAAGGUAUUUAACCUCAAAAUAUUAUUUUGUUGUUUAUUUCUUCAAGUUAUUUAAUUGACAGUCAAUAAAAAUUAACUUUACAUUUAAAACUCGAUUACAGUGUAAUUUAUGGUGAAAAAGGCAAUGAUGGAAGUCAUUUGAAUGAGUGUCUCUUAAUAAUGAUUAAACAGUUGGAUUUUACCUCCAGUUUUUUGGGGUAAAAAUAUAAAAGCAGGUAACAUCUUAACAUCAGUUGUUAACAAGAGAUGUUGUGAAUUUACGUGUAAGGCAGUGAUAUUUUAUCUUACAAAGAUGUUUUAAAUGAUAACAAUAAAAUUUAAAGAAUAACUUUUUUUUUCUUGUAAGCCAUUGCAGGACUGGUGUAAUUUUAAGGUCCGAUCUUUGGUUUAUUUGCACCUGUUUUGGAGUGAUUGUGAGACUGGAUCCCUUGCACAGUAGAUAUCUUAAAGGCAUUUUGUUACUAAAAAAUCUGUACUUUAUUUUAAUAAAAGAAAACCAAACUUUGUAUUCAGAACAAUAAUAAUUAUGCUUACAAACAUUUUCUUCUAAAAUUAAUUGUUUUACCACACAUUUCAGCUCUUAACAUUAAUAGAGUUAAAAAGUGGUGAAAACUUGAUGAAGAGAAACAAAAAAAAUAAUGUCAUGUUGCACUAGCAAACCAAAAAAUAUUGACAAGAUUCUACUACAACGUAGUAGCGCAAUGACCUAUUUCAGUGCAGUGCCCAUGCCCGCAAUAAAAUUAUUGCAUAUUCUUACAUGACUUGAACUGAUAAAUAUUUAUUUGUUGUUUCCUUUUUUAGACCCCAAUCAGACUUCCUCAACUGGAACACACCCAUCACAAUUUUUACCUCGCUUUAGCUAGUUUUGGAGUUAAAUAAUUCAGAUUCACUCACGCCUUGUACAGACUUGCAAAAUUUCUUCUUACAUUUUAUACUCCAAAAUGAUAUUAUAUAGGCCUUUUCCAUAUUCUACUUGCAUGUAAGUGAGUUCAUACCAUGAAAAACAUGUCAGGUCCGGCUUGGGUGAACAAUUCAUACAGCUUAAAAAUAGCUUUUCAAAACAUAUUAUUAUUAUCAUUAUUAUUAUUAUUAAUAUUGCUAUAAUAGUAGUAAUAAUUAUUAUUAAUGAUCACUUGAGCAAGAAAGCUUAAUCAUAUUUGCAAUAUUGUUGUGACAAUAGAAAAAUAAUUUAUUGUUAAAAGAAAUUGCACAUUAUUUGCCAGCACUUCUUAGCAUAGUAGCUCGUUGGUGGCUUUGUUUAGUGUUUUUUAGCCUCAAGCUUCCAACAAUCAAGAUCUAUUUUUCUACUGUGAUAUUUUUGGAGGUCAAUGGCACAGGUGCUUAAGGUGCUUUGGAACAAUAAUAAUUUAUUGACCUGCACACUUGAUCAUCUAGUCUUACACAGGGUUGUCAUUAUAAUAAGCAAACAACAACAAAAAUAGACUAGGGUUUCUAUAAAUGCGCGUAGAAGGCGGUAUUUUUUAUUAAGACCAACAGUGAAUCUGAAGCUAACUGGAUAUUGGAUUUAUGAAACACUGUACAAGAAACUCUAAACGCUAAACUGAACACUAAAGAGAUGUUUUAUAAUGAGUUAGUAGGAAUGUAAUACUGUGGUUUUCAUCUGGUAUCCAGACACAUCUCAGUGCAUGAUCUCCUGUCUUAACCAUGUGAAUUUGUAAAGCGUUUAUGAGUCGAAGAGAGGAUAAUGUCAAUUCUGUGUAGAAUUUCUUGCCACUGGAAAUGAUAAUCCAAUAUACACAAAAUUGUCAUGCUUUUACAUUGUUUUGAAGUCCAUUGUCCUGAUAUCUGACAUGCCUUAGGGAGGUAGUGUUAACUUUUCUAAGUUGAACCUGGAAUACGAUGUUUUUUGUUUUUUUUAUGUAUGUACUUCCUAGGCUGUGCCACAGACGAAACAAAACACUGGUUAAGUUCGCGAAACAGCGCCGAAAUCCGUGUUCUAGGUCUCCAUCUGUGUACCUGGAUUUGAGUACAUGCAAUGAUUGGCGUGUUAAAUAAGCCAUUGUCGAUUUACCAAUCAGGUUGAAAGGAAAUUCAAAACGCACUUCCGGUUUUUCGUUGAGGGCCCAGAACAAGGAUCAGCGAGCGCUGCUUCGCAGACGUUACUAACCGAGGUUAAAUUACGGUUGUGACUAGAAUGGAUACCUCAAAAUCAGGUUGGACACCUUAUGUUUAUUACACAAUGCUACACUCUACACCUCGCUAUACUAUAUUAAUUCGGCGACUUUAUUGGGCAGGAGAACUUUUAGAAAAGUGGGGAAAUCAGAGUCAGAGACAGUUGUGCAAGAAAAAGUGUUGAAUACAGGGUUUAGCACCGAAGUACUGUGAUCAGGGUUAAGCACUGUUUCAACAACGGUUAGCUUUCAAUAAUGUAAUGAUCAACGCCAUGUAAAGUGCGUUAAAAUUAACCGGUCUUGCCAGUUAGCCCUUGAUGGCGUGGUGGAUACGGAUAUGGAUUAUAACUCAAAUGACGCGGGUUCAAGUCCAACAUACCACCUACUGUUUUCUUCUGUUUUCUUUCUUCUCUUAUUAGACUCCUAUCAUAGUUUGAUUGAAGAUGACAAUCUGACUUUGGGGUAUCCAUUCUAGUCACAACCCUUAAAUUACGUCUACAACGCAGCCUACCACUUCCUGACAGAAAGUUCCUAAUAUUCUAUUAUUCUUGAUUGUUUAUAUUCCACUGACAGUGAGUUUUGAACUGUGGCAACUUUAUAAUACUUUGCAUAUAAUAUUAUUAUAAAUAUUAACUUAUUUUUCCUCAAAUCUUUGGAACAAAUUGUGGUUGAUAUCAAUAUUAUUGUAUAGCUGGCUAGAUUUAUUUGCUUAGGAUUUGAAUGGAAACUGCCAUCAGCAGGGAUUUGAAACAAUAAACGCAAUAAAAAAUUUGCACCUUUAAUUACUUGUCUCAUGAAUUUGCUGUUGACUAGCGUUACAGUGUAUAAAUGAUCACCAAAGGGAAAAAAGGAGGAUCUUAUAUCAAAUUCUCUUAAUUAAUUCUUUAUGGAAAUUUAUGGAGAUCAGUUGGGAGAAUUUGUAUGUGGAUAUUGGGGCGUAAGGGUUAACCAGAAAGUUAGUUACCGGUAGCCAGAAAAUCCAUUGUCCAUAAAGUGGACAAGGAUUGUUAAAGUGACAUUCAGAAAUUUAGACGGUUAUUCCUUAUUUUCUGGAGUCACAGAUCAGACUGGUCACAGAGGGAGUUUCUAACCUGCAAUGCCGAUUGAGCAGCUAACUAUAAGCGUCUUGAGGCUUGAAGAAAUCCGUUUGUUCACAGUAGUGACCUUUAGAUACACAGUUUUAGUAACAACGGCGGCGGCGGCAACGAGAACGUCAAAACAGCAAUAGGUUUAUUAUGCAAAACGAGUUUGCACGUGCAUCACGCUUUUUUGUACAUUUCUUGGCCGUUACUGCACGACUACGACCCGAAAAUGGCUAAUUUCACGUUUUGUGGAGGACGUAAACAAGCGACGACGAAAUUUCCUUUCUCUUUCUAGACUUGAGUGCGGUCCCGAAGAAAUCAACUCAAAGCUGGGUUAAGAUAACCCAGGGUUAGAGCGAGAUUUGAAUUCAGAUAUGAAAGCUUAAAAAUCAUUUCAGUUCUAAUUCUUUUUGUCUGCAAGUUGAUUAUAAUAACAGAGAAAAUUAUCCGAGAACAUUCUUUUAAACACAAGAAAAAGAAACCCGGGUUAAAUUUAACCUCGGGUUAAGCGCUAAUAGGCCUUCGAACAACUGGGCCCU